UGCUCGUGCAGGCAACUUAAGGGUGCACAAGUUCAUUGUUUGGCCGUAUUUCUUUAUUUAAACGUGUAUGGUUGUCGCAUGCACAUGUUUUCGACGGACUCGUUUUCAGUAUUCCUCCAUCACCGGAGACGACUAAGUACCCUAAUGGGCCAGCGGGUUGACCAUGAGAAAAUGACUUCGUUUUUGUAACUGAAAAAGGCGAAAAUACAAAGGAAUGUGGUUUUUGCGGAUGGGGGAAAUCACUGAACACGGAAACCAGUCGUGAAUGAGUUAGACCAAUUCAACCUUUUUCUCGUUUCGGCGAGUGAGUAGAAACUUACAAGGACUUUUAAAUCUGAUCGUAUCGUGUGUUUUUAUAUAGCUACGUUUGCCUUUUUGUGUGUGAAAGACUGGCAAUAACUCGCGUCGUUCACAAAGAACGAGCCCACAGCGCUGCGUAUCCGUCUCGACUCGUGCCCCAUUUCGGGAGCACCGACAUGGAACGGAACGACAUGAAGAAAAAAUGAAUUUCAGACCAACGGAUGACGGACAGACGGCAGCUGGUCCGUGCUAACUGGCAGUGAAAAUCCAGCAUUUAUGAAACUGGAGCAUUUCACCAUCAGCUCAUGAUAAUCAUCAAUCAUUGGCUACAUGGAUUUUCAUUUUUAUUUUGCUCAGUUGCCCAUACGUAGUUUCCAUUUUCUUCUGUUUAUUUUUGGGGUAAAUGCGUAAUUUGCUGUGGCGCACGUUUUUGAUUAUCAAUGCAAAGUUGCACAUUGUCUGAUUGAGCGAGCCGCUUGCUGAAGGCUACAGACACAAGAUUCCCAUCACUGUUGUCCGUCACUGAUGGUAACAAAUGUUCAGUCGGCUGGUACUCGGCCCAGCUGACACGGCGAUUGAGACACUUGGCUACAUUUUUUGCGUUAAAAAAAUUGGAAGAAUAUUUCUCUGACGGAGUGCCAUAGUUCUCUCGAAGCCGCUAUGGAACGAGUGUGUGCGGCAAUCGGGAUCAUCCUCCUCCAAUGUCUAUGCCACCUCUCAGCUGAAGAAGAGAUCCUGAUGUACACCAAGACCGAGACCUCCGACCUCAAAUGGACCAUACACCCCCGUGUCAACCCCCAGUGGGAGGAGGUGAGUGGCCUGGACGAGGACAACAACAGCGUGCGGACCUAUCAGAUCUGCCCGGCGGACGGGGGGGGCGGGGGCAGCCACUGGCUGCGCAGCACGCUGAUCGAGCGGCGGGGGGCGUGGCAGGCGUACGUGGAGCUGCGCUUCACCAUGAUGGAGUGCUCCUCCCGCCCCACCUCCAUGCGCUCCUGCAAGGAGACCUUCAACCUGCUGUACUACCAGACCGAGGCCGACGAGGCCACGCCCGCUCACCCGCCCUGGAUGGAGAACCCCUACGUCAAGGUGGACACGGUGGCGGCGGACUUCCUGCUGCGUAAGGGCGGGGAGAGGAAGUUCAACGUGAAGACGCUGCGGCUGGGGCCCCUGACGGCGCGCGGGUUCUACCUGGCGUUCCAGGCUCAGGGGGCCUGCAUGGCCCUGCUCUCGGUCCGGGUGUUUUUCAAGAAGUGCCCGGCCGUGACGCGGAGCUUCUCCUCCUUCUCCGAGACGGUCCCGCGCGCGCUGGUGCAGGAGGCGCUGGGGGCGUGCGUGUCCCACGCUGCCCUGCGGCCCCCCAAACCCGCCGCGCCCGCGCCCGCCCCGCCCCGCAUGUUCUGCGGGGAGGACGGCCAGUGGGUGGGGCAGCCCACCUCCACCUGCGCCUGUCUGCCCGGAUACCAGCCCGUCGCCAUGGACACCGCCUGCAAAGAGUGUCCGGUGGGGCAGUUUAAGCCGAGCCCCGGGGCUGGCCCGUGCUCCGCCUGUCCCGUGAACAGCCUCACCACCAACCCCGGAGCAGCGUCCUGCAGCUGUCGCCCUGGUUACCUCCGCGCCAGCUCAGACACCCCGGAGAUGCCCUGCACAAAGCCUCCCUCGGCCCCGCGCAGCAUCGUGACGCAGGUGAACGACACGUCGGUGACGCUGGAGUGGAGUGAGCCCCUGGACAGCGGCGGGAGGAGGGACCUGAGCUACGCGGUGGUGUGUGCGCGCUGCGGGCCCCCGGGGGCCCCCUGUGGGGGCUGCGGGGACAGCGUGAGCUUCCGGCCGGCGCAGGGCGGGCUGACGGCCCGGCGCGUCACCGUGUGGGGGCUGCUGCCGCACACCACCUACAGCUUCAGCGUGCAGGCGCUCAACGGCGUGUCCCAGCCCAGCGGCAGGGCCCCCGCCAGCGAGAGCGUCAACGUCACCACCAGCCACGACGUGCCGGUGCUGGUGUCAGGGAUCAUGCAGGGCAGGGCUACAGAAAGCUCUCUCUCUCUACACUGGACUCGGCCUGAGCAGCCACACUACAACAUUCUGCUGUACCAGCUCCGCUACUGUGAGAAGCAGAAGCAGGAGGGCCCCUCGUGCCGCUAUAAGGAGACUCUGAGCAACGAGGCGGUUCUGACGGACCUGCGGCGGGCCACGGAGUACGAGGUGCAGGUCAGAGCGCGCACUGUAGCGGGGUACGGCACCUUCAGCUCCGCCACCAGAGUCCGCACGCUGCCCGAGGACACGCCCGAUUCCCAACUGAUGGUGACGGGGGUCCUGGUUGCCAUGGGAACCCUGCUGCUCAUCUCCAUCAUCGCCAUGGCGGUGUUCUGCAUCCGCAAACACACCCAGCUGAAGGACCCGGAGAUCAGUGACAAACACGGACAGUACCUCAUGGGCCCGAGUGUGAAGGUGUACAUCGACCCGUUCACCUACGAGGACCCGAGUGAGGCGGUGCGGCAGUUCGCCAAGGAGAUUGACGUGUCCUUUGUCAAGAUCGAGGAGGUCAUCGGAGCGGGUGAGUUUGGGGAGGUGUGUCGUGGGCGUCUCAGGCUCCCGGGGAAGAAGGAGAACUAUGUGGCCAUAAAGACACUGAAGGGCGGGUACACAGACAAGCAGAGGCGGGACUUCCUGGGUGAGGCGAGCAUCAUGGGACAGUUCCAGCACCCCAACAUCAUUCACCUGGAGGGCAUCAUCACAGCCAGCUGCCCCGUCAUGAUCCUCACAGAGUACAUGGAGAACGGGGCUCUCGAUGCCUUCCUGAGGCUGAAUGACGGGCAGUUCAGCCCAAUCCAGCUGGUGUCGAUGAUGCGGGGCAUUGCGUCGGGGAUGAAGUACCUGUCAGAGAUGAGCUACGUGCACAGAGACCUGGCAGCCCGGAACAUCCUGGUCAACAGCAACCUGGUGUGCAAGGUGUCCGACUUCGGCCUUUCACGCUUCCUGCAGGAGAACUCCACCGACCCCACCUACACCAGCAGCCUGGGCGGGAAGAUCCCGAUCCGCUGGACGGCUCCCGAGGCCAUCGCGUUCCGCAAGUUCACCUCGGCCUCCGACACCUGGAGCUACGGCAUCGUCAUGUGGGAGGUCAUGUCCUUCGGAGAGAGACCCUACUGGGACAUGAGCAACCAGGACGUGAUAAACGCCAUAGAGCAGGACUACCGCCUGCCCCCUCCUCCAGACUGCCCCACACUGCUGCACCAGCUCAUGCUGGACUGCUGGCAGAAAGAGCGCUCUGCCCGGCCUCCCUUCUCCAACAUCGUCAGCGCCCUGGACAAGCUGAUCCGCAACCCCGCCUCGCUCAAGAUCGUGUCCCAGGACGGAGCCGGGCCCUCCCACCCCCUGCUGGACCAGCGUGGAGCCCCGCCCCUCUCUGCGUGCGCGUCCGUGGGGGACUGGCUGCGGGCCCUCAGGAUGGAGAGGUACGAGGAUGGCUUCCUGCAGGCUGGCCUCACCUCCUUCCACCUCCUGGAGCACCUCUCCACCGAGGAUUUGUUGCGCAUUGGAGUGACCCUGCCCGGACAUCAGCGUAAAAUCCUCCACAGCCUCCAGGACCUGAGGGUGCAGGCGGGGGACCCCACGACGGCCCGGUGUUAGCCCCGGAGAGCACGCCGGCAUCGUCAGGACCUGGGCGCGUCACUCCACACAACUACAGGCAGGAGCCAGAGAGAUGACAUCACAAUGCCACCCCAGUGACAUGGGCAUUGCGUAACAAUACCGUCAACUGAGAGGGACAUGACAUCACAAUGCCACCCCAGUGACAUGGGCAUUGCGUAACAAUACCGUCAACUGACAGGGACAUGACAUCACAGUGGAACAUAAAUAAACAGCCAAUGGCUUCUGUGGAAUCCUUUGGGACUUUUCACCAUUUUUGUUGCCUUUUUAUUUUAUUUUUGUUCUUCGUUUGACAGCGGUUGACCUUUCACCCAGGACUGGAGAUAAGGACCUGUAAUUGGUCGGAAUUCUGAUGUUUAAAUCGGCCUGCUCUCUCUGAGGUCCCAGACCCGUCUCUGUCGCGAGAGGGGGGAACCCACCCUGCUGUGGUCCUUCACUUUUCAGAGAGACGGUCCACACCGCACAGAGAGCAGGAGAAUGCGAUUGAAUCUGAUCCUUUGUGAAUGGACUUUCCAGAAAAAAAAGCCACUUGCUAUUGUAAUUAUUUUUGAAUGAUUGUCUUUAAUGAUCAUUAUUGUUAUUAUCGUUAACUGUGUUUUGCAUCAUUGGUUGCAUGUUCUUGCUCUUCUUUCACAGUCAGACCGUACAGGCAUCGAACCCGGACUGAGGCUGUUCCCCACAGGCGACCCGCAGGAAGCUGUACACCCUGGUGAACUUUGACCCCUUUGACCCCGUGGCGGGGCACUAGGAGUGUGUGUCUGUCCCUGUUAUUCUGUUGCCUUGUAUCUGUAUAUAAAUAUAUUUUAUAUA